UGUUGGUCCCUAAGUCCAAACCCCAUAAAUACUUUAUUUCAAUUUAAUAAUUAAAAUUAAAAUUAAAAUUCGCCACUCUCUCUGCAAUACCCUUCACCAGUCAACUUUUCUAGGGUUUUAACCCAAGCAAAAUUCAUUUCGGGCCUUUGUUUCAGAAUGAAUCAAAUCACUCAAGGGGAUACCUCAACUGGCUUAACGAUCCACCCCUUAAAACGUAGAAGGGGCCGCCCCCGUAAAGACCCGAGCCUCAAGCGCACUCGUGGGACCCCCACCUACAACGGGCCAAAAGAAAACGGGCCCCACUCCAUGGUUGGCCAGCCCGUAACGGGUGUAAUUGAGGCCACAUUCGACGCCGGCUAUUUGCUGAACAUUAGAAUCGGUAACUCCACCACGAAUUUCCGAGGCCUCGUUUUUAAACCGGGCCAUUUUAUCCCCGUCACACACGAAAACGAUGUGGCGCCACAUCUCCAAAUGAUCACAAGAAAUGACGUCUCUACCCCUGUGGGCCCUCCUCGCCAGAAACGCAAGUACAAGUCACGAAAAGCGAGGGUGCCAGCACCCCCACCCCCAUUGGGCCCACCCCCUUCGGGGGUGGUCCCGCCGGUGGGGGCGAGGGGGAAUGUGGUCCCCGUUGUGCUCCAGCCUGUCAAGACCGGUCAUAUGAUGUCUUUUGGAGACAGAGACGUGCACAUGGUCGAGCCGUUGGCCAUUUUACCCCCGGAUCGAUCGAUGCCCGUUGGCCAGAUAUUUGCGGGCCCACAAGGAGAGAAAGUGGGACCCACGGAAUCUACUGACACCGACAGCAUGGAUUCUUCGGAAAGUUCAGAUGAAGAAGAAACUGGGAAUAGCAACGAACCACCACCGCCGCCCUUUUCGAGUGAGUCGGUGGCGAACGAUUCUGCUGCCAAACCUUUGUUCAAUUACGGGACUGGGAGAAUGACUGAGCUUUUACAGGCUUUGCAGGAAAAUGUGAAAGAGAAGAAAGUACAGCAGAUUGGUGAACAAACAGCUUCUGGUUUUAACGUGGGGUUCCAAGAAACGAGGAAUGAGAAUGAGUCGACGAAUGGAGCGAGUGUUCCGUGACCGGAAUUACCUCGAAAUAUGCAUAUAUCAUUUGUUGUUGUUUCUUUCUCUCUUUUUUUAUUUAAUUUUAAUUAUAAUUAUGGGAGCACAAGAGAUGUUGCAGCAGGAGGGUUUUUACAGUUAUGGAGUUUUGGGCAAAAUAUGUAUCUUUUCUUACUGUUGUAGUUAAAUGUUACAGAUGCAGAAUAUUUAAUUUUAUUUUGUAGCCUUUUAUCCUUUCUUUU